GAUUAAAUCAAUGCCAUUGUGCUUCCACAAUACAAUAUACAUUCAAAAUAAUGUAAUUUACUGUCCGAUUCUUUUUGUAAUUUUUGUUGUUUGUUAAUUUAAUGAGAUACGGUUAAUACUAUAAAAUUCACGUUUUGUGAAAUUGUUUUUCCUAAUUUCAAAUUAAUUCCGAAUAGAAAUAACCCGUUCAAGAUGAUGGCCCUAAUUAAUCGUAUACUUGACUGGAUAAAAAGCAAAUUUUGGACUGAAGAAAUGGAAUUGACACUUGUAGGAUUACAGUGUUCCGGAAAAACUACUUUUGUUCAUGUCAUUGCGUCUGGUCAAUUUAAUCAAGAUAUGAUUCCAACUGUUGGUUUUAAUAUGAGGAAAGUAACAAAGAAUAAUGUUACAAUAAAAAUAUGGGAUAUAGGUGGACAGCCACGAUUCAGAUCAAUGUGGGAAAGAUAUUGCAGAGGCGUUAACGCUAUUGUUUACAUGGUAGAUGCUGCAGAUACAGAUAAACUAGAAGCUUCCAGAAAUGAACUUCACAACUUAAUUGAUAAACCACAGUUAGUUGGUAUACCGGUUUUAGUUUUGGGAAAUAAAAGAGAUUUGCCAAAUGCAUUGGAUGAAGUUGAACUGAUUGAUAGAAUGAAUUUAAAUGCUAUCCAAGACCGAGAAAUAUGUUGUUAUUCUAUUUCAUGUAAAGAACAAGAAAAUAUUGACAUUACACUGCAAUGGUUAAUUAGUCAUUCAAAAUCAAACCGCCAGUCAUCAACGUAAUACACCAGCAUGAUUUUUGUUUAGCACAAAGUAAAAUGUGCUAAUAAUUAUUGUAUCUAUUGUAGAAUACAUUUUUUUUAAGGCUGAUCCAAAAUAAUAUUUCCAAUAAUCCCAACAAUAAUGUAUUAACGCCAUAUUUAUUGCAUGUAAGAAUCUCUCCAUACUUAGAUAUUUAAAAAAAUAAUCCAUGUUUCUUAAGCAAACUAAUUUUGGUAAAAUGGAUUUAAAAUAUUCAUAUCCACUUUCACUCUAUAUUCCUUAAUUUACAAAAUAACAAAUUUGUUCUCUAUAAAAUGAGCCUACCAUAAAAAUUACUAAAAUAUUAUAAAUUAUAAUAUAUUAUUU